AAAUAAAUGUAAAACAUCCUUCAAAAUGUAGCUAGAUGAGAGAUUUGAAGGUAUAUAAAAUUUUACCUCAUUACAUUUAUAAUAAAAAAUUAUUUUAGGAAUGCUUUUUCAUGAGGAAGGAAAUAUCGUUAUGUCUUCUUAUCUUUAUCAUUUGUAUAAAAAUUUCUUAUCAAUUAAACAAAGUUACGCCAUCUAGUAACUAUGGUACAAACUAUGAAAAUGAUACAAAUUUAAUUAAUGAUUUAAUUUCAUUAAACUCUUUAUUACAAUUAAAUGAGGGAGAAGAAAAUCUCGAAAAUGAAAUAGGAAAAACUACAUCUAAAGUUUCUUACGACGAACGAUUUCAAGAUUUCGAUUCUAUUAAUUAUAAAAGUAAGAAUGAAAUUUUAUCUAACGAAGAACCGAAUGAAACUUAUACUAGAUAUUUAGUAGUAAAAAUUAAAGGAGGUAGAAAAAGAGCAAAAAGUAUUCUCAGGAAACAUGGAUACAAACGUGUGAUUCAAGUUUUUCGCUGUGACGAUUACUAUUUGGUAGAAAAUAUCAAUAGAAAGUCGAGAUUUAAACGUGAUGAAGCGAUAGAAUUUGAGAAUGAUGUACUCAGGAUCUUUCCUCAAUAUAAUUUCUUUCGUUAUCGUCGGGACAUUUCUGAAUUACCUGCGUUUACGGAAAAUGAAUAUAGAAGUAUAAAUUCUGAUCGAGGAGAAAUGGACUUCAAUGAUCCUUAUUAUAAAGAUCAAUGGUAUUUGCAUUAUUAUACAUGGCACCAUCUUAAUAUUCAGUCCGUUUGGAGAGCCGGAUAUACUGGUCAUGAUAUCCGAAUAUCAAUUUUAGACGAUGGAAUUCAUCCUGACAAUCCAGAUUUGGGAAGAAAUUAUGAUCCGAGUAUUAGUUAUGAUUAUGUUCAUUUUAAAGACAUUGAUGAAUCAACGGCUGAAGUAAACAGUCACGGAACAUCUUGUGCCGGAGUAGUUGCUGCUUUAUCUAAUAAUAGUUUAUGUGGAGUUGGAAUUGCUUAUAACGCGCGAAUUGGAGGCUGCAGAGUUUUGGAUGGUCCAAUGACUGAUGCACAGGAAGCAAUGUCUAUUGUUCAUGCACUUGACAAAGUGGACAUCUAUAGUGCUUCUUGGGGCCCUCGAGAUGAUGGCAAACAUAUGGCUAAACCAGGAAUUUUAGCGAGAAGAGCAUUCUUAAAAGGUGUAACAGAAGGUCGCAAUGGAAAAGGAUCGAUCUACGUUUGGGCUGCUGGAAAUGGAGGAAAAUAUCACGAUAAUUGCAAUAUGGAUGGAUACGCAUCAAAUGAAUACACGAUUGCCAUUGGAGCAUUAGGUCAUCACGGUAGAACAACUUAUUAUACUGAAAUCUGUCCAGCUACUCUUGCGUCAACGUACGUUGGAGGUUUUCAUAACAAACCAACCAUUGAAGCAUUACUACAGAUGAAAGCAUCAACUAAAGUUAUAGUGCCGGGCGAUCACGGAAAUUGUAGGAAAAACUUUCAAGGAACAUCAGCUGCUGCUCCAAUGGCUGCAGGUUUAAUUGCACUUCUUCUGGAAGCCAAACCAGAAUUAACAUGGAGAGACGUGCAAUAUAUUAUUAUUAAAUCGGCAAGAAUUUCAAAUUCCAAAGAAGACGGGUGGAUGAUGAAUGCAGCUGGAUAUCAUUAUCACAGCAAAAUUGGAUUCGGAGUAAUGGAUUGCGGAAGAAUGAUAUCUAUAGCUCAAAACUGGAAUCCUGUCAAAGUUCAGAAAUCAUUGCGAGUAGUGAAACGAAACAGAAGGUAUAUCGAAGGAGAAUUUACUACUAUAAUGUUAACUGUUGAUUAUGAAAAUAUUCGAGAAAUAAAGCACAUAUAUUUUUUGGAAUACGUUAUAGCAACUCUUAGUAUUCGACAUCCUCGCCGAGGAAAUCUGCGGAUUUACCUAAUUUCACCUUCAAAUACAAUUUCUCAGUUGCUAUCAGAAAGACCAAGAGAUCAUUCAAGGAGAGGUUUUAAAAAGUGGAAAUUUAAAACAGUGCAUUUUUGGGGAGAAAAUCCAUCUGGAGAUUGGCUGUUAAAAAUACAAGAUUUAGAUCCAAAAUACAAAAAUUACAAUAAAUUUAUUGAUUUUUUUACCUUGACAUUAUAUGGGACAUCUGAAAAGUCUAAGAGGAAAAUUACAAGAGAUUCUCAAUUCGAAAAGGACGAAUUAAAUAACGAAAUGUUACAUUCAAUACUGAAGAAAGAACGACUUUUGUCACGCUCCAUUUUUAUACAGGAAAAAUAUAAUUCUAGCACUAUUAACAAAUCACAUAAUCCUAAUUUUUAUUCAAAAUGUUCAGAUUAAAAUUCACAUGAAUGUAAUGAAAUUUUUAAUAAAUAAAUAAUCUAAACUAUGUAGCCUAAUGAAGUU